GAACAUCUCUCGACUGCUGCACCAAUCAGGCACCUUGUUGUGAUACAGGAUCAUGAACUUUGAGCUCGUUCUACUUGAACAUAGAAAUAAAUUGUGCAAAUCCUGCUGUGUGCCGUUAACAGCCAGUUGCAACAGAUCCACUAUACGUCUGCCUUGUUUCAGAUAUCCUUUUGAUAUGGAGAACAAUCUUUGCGUAGUACUGCAUUCAAAGGGGGACCUCCGAUUGGAAGAGCGACCAAUCCCUGAACCUGGACCUAACGAUGUAUUACUGCGGAUGCAUUCGGUGGGGAUCUGUGGCUCUGACGUGCACUACUGGCAGCACGGGCGGAUCGCGGACUUUGUGGUGAAACAGCCAAUGGUGCUGGGGCACGAGGCCGCAGGGAGGGUGGUCAAGGUCGGCUCGGCAGUCAAGCACCUCAAUGUUGGGGACCGUGUGGCUGUCGAGCCAGGGGUUCCUAGAGAAAUGGACGAUUUCUUAAAAUCUGGACGCUACAACCUGUCACCCACCAUCUUCUUCUGUGCCACGCCCCCCGACGACGGCAACCUCUGUCAAUACUACAAGCAUUGUGCCAACUUCUGUUACAAGCUUCCUGACAACGUGACCUUCGAGGAGGGCGCGCUGAUUGAACCACUGUCCGUGGGAAUCCACGCGUGUCGGCGGGCUGGGGUCACCCUCGGAACAACCGUCUUAAUCUGUGGCUCCGGGCCUAUUGGGCUGGUCUGUUUGCUUGUGGCCAAAGCAAUGGGUGCCUCAGUGGUUGUCAUCACAGAUCUAUCCUCGGAGCGUUUGAAGAUGGCCCAGGAGGUAGGGGCUGACUUUCCACUGUUGGUGACGAGAGAGGACUCGGCACAGGACGUAGCCCAGCGAGUGGCGGGAAGGCUGGGGAAGCAGCCACACGUCACCAUUGAGUGCACCGGAGCGGAGAGCAGCAUACAAACCGCCAUCUAUGCUACCCGGUCUGGCGGUGUGGUGGUCCUGGUGGGUCUGGGUGCAGAGAUGGCCAGCGUUCCUUUGGUCAACGCCGCGGUCCGUGAGGUUGACAUCCGCGGGGUGUUCCGCUACUGCAAUACCUGGCCCAUGGCCAUCGCCAUGCUGGCGUCGGGGAAGGUGAACGUGAAGCCACUGGUGACCCACCGCUUCCCCCUGGAGGAGGCCGCUCAGGCCUUUGAGACCACACGCCAAGGUCACGGGGUCAAGGUCAUGCUGAAGUGUGAUCAAAGCGACCAAACGCCAUGAUGAUGCUAGAAGAGACACACAGUCUAACAGCCACAGUCAGAGACAUACACACACACUGAUAUACUGCCUUUUUACAUCCGAAACAGAAUAAAUGAAUGACAUUAAUAAAUGUUUAGUAAAUACCAUGUGAUCCCAUUUGGUUACUUACCUGCAUUAUUUAAAAUGGGCAUUAGGGGACUCAAGUCACAAGAUUUUAUAAGCCAUUCCAUAGAUAAUCAGACAGAUCGAGACAAUAAAAAGAGUGCCGGUGUUUCCAAACCUGCGGGUUGCGAUUGCUUGAAAUGCAUAUUGUGGGAGAUUCAGUCAUAUAAGCUAAAUGUGUUAGAUUCAUUAUGACCAAGAGCAGCCUAAUGACUCUUUGACAAAAGCAAAUUACUAACAACAACUUCAUUGGGACAUAACUUGCAUAUGUUGAUGGAUAACAUCUGCAAUAACGAUACACAUUACACUGCAUAACAAUGUUAUACGUUUGGAGCCCAUAAAGGGUUUGGAACCGAAGAUUAAAUAAGCAUCCAGGUAAACUGA